AUGGAUACUGUCGGUUAUCAUGUAACAUGUCAAAAUGCAAAACUUUAUGAAAUUCCAUAUAAUUUAACAAAAUUUCUUCAAACAACAGAACAUCAAAAUUUAAUUGUUGAUUUAAGUUCAAAUUUUCUUUCUAUAAUACCAUGUAAUUUUUUUCAAAUAUCAACAAUAAUAACAUUAAUAUUAACUAAAAAUUAUAUUGAAUAUAUACCAUGGUGUUUUUCUCAAUCAUCAAUACAAAUUCUUCGAUUAAAUCAAAAUCAACUUCAAUUUAAUCAAACAACUAUUUUAACAAGUUCAAAAUUAUAUUAUCUUGAUAUUUCACAUAAUAAAAUAUCUUCUUUACCAAGAACAUUUUUUAAUUAUAUUCGACGUCUUCGUAUAUUAAUAUUAAAUAAUCAAUCGAAUUUAUUUGAAAUAAAUAAUGAUCAAUGGAUACGUUCAUUAACAACAAGAAAUCAAUUAACAAUUAUAAUAUGUGAUGAAAAUUUUCAUUUACCAUUAUGUUUAUUUAAUCAUUUAUUUCAAUCAAAUAAAUUAUUAUCAAUUGAAUUAAAUUCUAAUAUAUAUUGUGAUUGUUCUUUUGUUUAUUUACCAUUAGAAAAAAUUCAUUUUCAUUAUUGUCAAAUUCAACAUCAACAACAAGAAGGAAAAUGUAAUCUUCAUUCAUCUUAUUUUAAACAUGUUCAUUCAUUAAUUGAUUUACAAAAUGAUAAAUAUCAUCAAAUAUGUUCGAAAGAAUAUCAACUUUGUCAAAAUAUACAAUUAAAUAAAAAUAAUCAAUUAACAACAACUAAUUUUAAUUUAUCUUUAAAUAAUAAUUAUAUUGAAUCAAUAUCAAAUUCAUCAAUAAUAACAACGUCUAUUAUUACAGUAACAAUAUCAAAGAAAGAAAAUGUAACCACAGGUGUUAUUAUUCCUUUUAUACUUCUUUUAAUUAUUGUGACAAUAGUCUGUCUUUAUGUUAUUGUAUCUGGAUGUUUUAUUAAAAUGAAGAAUCGAGAACCAAUUACAGAUUUUAUUAUCAGACAAAAAAAACAACAAAAUAUGAAAAAUAUUGCUUCAAGCGUAAAUUCUGAUAAAAAUCCAACACGAUUUGAUGAAUGUAUUUCAAUUGAAAAUGUUAAUGUGAAUUCAAAUCCACAAAAAAAUUCAUUUCAAUCAUAUUAUCAACAAAGUAAUUCAUAUUCAGAUGAAGAAUCUGAAUGUACAUUUUAUAGUAUGAACAAUAAUAAAAAUUCUUCAACAUCAUUUAUACAAUCUUCAAUGUCUGAAAUUGAUAUAGCAUCAUUAACAUCAACAAUAAAUUCUUCAUUAUCUAAUGAAACUGUUAUUAUUUCUAAUCGAAAUCAAAAAAGAAUAUAUUGA